UCAUUUAUAAGGACGCCGCUUAAAAAUAUUUACCAUGGUUACCAUAGUUUCUCCAACAUACCAUUAUUACUCAGUUAUUGCAGUACAACUAACUUGGUACCCCCCCCAAAAAACUAUGUUUCCGACAGCUUCUGCGCGCUUUGAAUAUUAUUCUGUUUAAUUUAUUAUACUUCAACCGCAGUAACUAUAAAUGUACUAGGGUAUUUUGGCGGAAACAAGGGUUACCAUGGUAAAUUUUUGCAAGGGAUUUCCUGUUGUUCUGAGGAUCUGCCGUUAGAUUCAGUCGAGACGGGACUCGAGCUCGUGCCACGUUACGCUACGGUGCGUUUGCUUCUGAUCUCCGUGUAAUUUCUCGGCAAAGUCUUCUUCAUGGAUUCACUCUGAAGUAUUUGAUCCGAGUACAAUCGUCGCAAGAAACAUAGUUGUCGCUAUCUCUAUAGACCGACAGCGAUUGCCUUCAAACCUCAGACUCGUAUCAUUUUUAGUCUAAUAGAGCGUAACUGCAUUAUGCAGAGUGGAGUCCCUUUUUCUCGCUCGCAAAUAAAAUAAUGGGAGAGAAAUGAGAAGGAAAACAAAAGCCCAGCGUAUUCUUGACUACGAAAAUGAAGAAGACGAGGAAGAGGAACAAAAAGCGGACUGCUUCAGUAACGGUGCACAGAAACGGAGAAAAAUGUAUCCUGCCAAAGAGAAAGCAGAAGGGAAUAUAUCAUCCGAUGCCGGUUUUCAUAAGUUAGAUAUGAAGGUUAAUGAGCUGGAUUGUUCUUCCGCAGACCUCUACACUGACAGUCCACCUGCUUCCGAGACCGAGCAGGAGGCUCAUUAUUUACAGUCUUAUUCGAAGAAGGAGCUCAUUGCCAUGGUCUUAUGCAUGCAGAAGGAAAUGGAGGACUUGAAAGAACAACUUAGGUGCCUUACAGCAUGUGGAAAGCUGGCCAAAAAUCUGGAAGUUCUCAUCGAGAAGACCCAUAUGUGGUCAAAUGGGGACAGCGGGGCCUCACUUUUAGUUUCUCCGAGCGUGGCACAGGUGCCUGUUGAGGUGGAUGUAGUGAUACCAGACAUGCGGUCUGCUCCAGCUGUUGUGAAUGGACACUGGAUAAACCAGGGACCAGGAACACAGAAACCUAAUGAAACUACUCAGAAUCCUCACAAAGAUGGGCUCUUUACAGAGUUCAUCACCCCUGAACUUUUGGAGAGGUGUAACACAGGCACCACUGCCCAAAAACUGACCAAUGACCUUCUCCGUGGACUCUAUGAGAGAGAUUGCCUAGCUUCUCACUCUAUAUCUGGAGUUGUAUACAACAAAAGGGGCCAACCAAAGCCUGCUCUUCCCUCCGAAGAGGUCCAGGCAAUAUUAAGAACAGUUCAGUAUUUCUUUCCUGGCAAGACCGAUGCAGAGAUCAAGGGCUACAUCCGCCAGAAACUGCAAAACGAAGCCAAGAGGUUGAGAAAGAAACCUUCACCCUCAGGCCAAUAUGAGUCUAGAGUUCUUAGUGUAUCAAGAUCCAACAGUCAGCACUUAGAUAUGAUGGACCAGAAUUGAAAUGUAUGUUUAUUGGAUAUCGGUUGUUUUCAGUUAAACUAUUUGUGUUAAUUAUACAAAAGUUCUAUACAAUGAUGUGCUUCAAAGAAUGUCACGAUCAUCUCACAAUAGUCAUUUGGUUACUGACCAAUGUGGCGUUACUGAUGUGAUUCCAGCGUAGAGAUUCCAGAUAAAUCAAAAUGUUGCAUCCGUGAAGGCCUCUGGCUGCUAAGAGCACAGGCGAUGCGUAGAUAUCAAAUGUUUAGGUAUUAAUGUUUGUCUCUGUGAACGUUUUUAUAUUUUGUAUUUAAUGGAUGAUUAGAAUUUCAGGAAAUAUCCGUGCGCAAGGAACGUCAUAGAGUGUGAACGUUUAUUCACGUCGUAUUUUCAAUGUGUUUCUUAUUUGAUGAUGGUCUUAAUGACAACAUAGCUUUAUGUAAGUAGUUUUUGUUAUUAAAUAAUGAAACAUGAA